GGGAGAGGGAGAGAGAAAGCCAAAACCAGAGCCAGAGAGACGAGAAAGAUAAAGGAAAGACAGACGGAACGAUAGACUUGUGCGUAAAAAAGUAGCCUACUAGUGCCCCCCCCUUCUUCUUCUUUUUCUUUCUCAAUUUCCACCAGACAAAAACCCAAACCGACUGCUUGGAUGAUCGAGAACCUAUCGAUCAGUCAGUACUACACCUGGAUUCACUGACCAGCCGCACAACAGGCAUGUCCCGAAGGAAGCAGAGCAACCCCAGGCAGAUCAAACGUCCUCUGGAGGAUGGCCUGGAGGAAGAGGAGGAGGAGUGCGUCUCCGAGGAGAAUGAGCUCUUGGCCAAAGACGAGUUCUCGGUGGAGGAGAACUUCUCCACAGAGUUUGAGACUGACAACAUGGGCUGUGAGGACAUGGAGUACUUCUGCAACAAAGGUGAGGAAGAUGGUAAUCGAGAAGCUGGAGAAUCAGAAAUGGAUGGGCAGGGUGAGAAGACCAGGCAUACCACCACAGGCUCUGAGGAAUGGGAUGGUCCAAGAGAGCUGGAUGCCUUCCUUAAAGAGGGUGAGCGUCGCAUCCACAGCCGGCAGCAGCUCCCUGUGGGGACAACAUGGGGACCCUUUGAGGGGAAGAUCGAGAUGAACACUGACAGCACUGCACUGAAGACGAAAAGCACUGUCCCGGUGGUGCUGAGCACGGGCCCCAGGUGGCUGCUGGAUGUGACUUGGCAGGGAGCGGAAGACAACAAAAACAACUGUGUGGUGUACAGCAAAGGUGGCCAGCUGUGGUGCACCACCACCAAGAACAUGAUGGAGGGCGAAGAGCUAGUGGCGUUCGCUGUGGACUUUGACUCACGUCUGCAAGCAGUGAACCACAUGUCUCUUAGUGAGGGCAUGUACCCAGCCAGGCUGCUGGACAGCAUCCAGCUCCUGCCUCAGCAGGCCGCAAUGGCUUCCAUCCUGCCCACUGCCAUCGUCAACAAGGACAUCUUCCCCUGCAAAGCUUGUGGAAUAUGGUUUCGGAGUGAGAGGAACUUGCAGGCCCAUCUGAUGUACUACUGCAGUGGGAGACAGAGGGAGCCAGACACAGUCAUGGAGGAGAAUGACACUGGUCCCCACCAUACCCCUAGUAUCUGCCCCUUCCCACAGUGUAACAAGAGCUUCUCUGGAGCCAGAGCCCUGGAAAUGCACUUAAACACCUCACACAGUGGUGUCAAAAUGGAAGAGAGCCUCCCUCCUGGCACCAGCUUGAAAUGCACAAUCUGUAACUACACAGCAGAUUCUCUUAUUACAUUCCAGCAUCACAUCAUGUCUCACCUGUCACAGGCGGCCUUCAGAUGCAAUCACUGCCAUAUCAGCUUCCAGAGCCACAGGGAACUCUUACAGCAUCAGGACUUACAUGGGCAUGGCAGCAAACUUCACAGGGAGGGAGACAGCACCGAGCAGUCCCCCAGGGGGUCUGAGGAAAGCCUCCAGCAGCAGCAGGCUGCCCGUGCUGAGCUGGCCAACAGGAAGGACGCUCUGUUGGGAAGUCCCAAGAGGGCCCUCACCAAGGAGACCAGCACAGACACAGAGGCUGACAAGGCUGAGAAGAAGCCUAUGCUGUCUGUUCAGAAAGGAGAGGCCCACCCAGGCAGCAAAGCCAGUUUUUCUUACACCAGGAUCAAAUCUGAGCCCUCUAGCCCCCGACUGGCCUCCUCUCCUGUGCAGCACAACAUGCCUACAUUUCCCAUGGGCCCCUUUUUGUCACAGUUUGCUUUCUCCCAAGACAUUUCAGUAGUCCCACAGGCUUCAGAGAUUCUGGCUAAAAUGUCAGAGCUAGUUCACCGGAGGCUGCGCCAUGGAGGGAACAGCUACCCCCCAGUCAUCUAUAGCCCCCUUAUGCCCAAAGGGGCCACAUGUUUUGAAUGCAAUAUCACCUUCAGCAACCUGGACAACUAUUUGGUUCACAAAAAGCACUACUGUAACAGCCGCUGGCAACACAUGGCAAAGUCCCCAGACUUCUCCACCCUUGCAGACAAGGUCCCUGAGGCAGUGAGCCCCAACAGUGGUCACAGUUCUGUAAGCAUGUUGGCAGGCUGCCACCCAACAGAGGCCGAUAAUCACCUAAUGCAGUCUGCCUGUCUUAACUCCAAUGUGUUGGACAUGAUCACUGCUGGAGCCAAGGGGGCUGAUAAGGAUCUUACAGGACAGGGAAAGAAGGUUCCUACCCCAACUGGGGCGGAGGAGCGGCUCAAUGGCAAGCAGAUGGAGGGGAAGAGCCCCAGUACAGGUUUGGUGGAGAGUGACAAUGACCCAACCAAAACAACCUGUGAUGCAUGCAAUAUCACCUUCAGCCGUCAUGAGACCUACAUGGUCCACAAGCAGUACUACUGCGCCACCCGUCAUGACCCACCUAUGAAACGGUUGUCAACCAACAAGGUACCCUCCAUGCAGAGAACCAUGAGGACACGCAAGCGCAGAAAGAUGUAUGAGAUGUGUCUACCUGACCAGGAUCACCAGAGGCCCCCAAUGGUUCAGCCAGGUUUUCUUGGGGUUUCUCCGAUAAACCCCUGCACAUCCCAUGACGCUGUAGAGAGCCUAGCAGACCGCUUUCAUCCCAGGUGUGACAUAUUCCCGGGUAUGGUGCCCAAACACCUGGAGGCCUCUCUGACUGUCACCAAACCUAUUCUGGCUCCCAAAUGUAAUACAGUGGAGCAGCAAGAGUUGGAUGCUCCCAUUGAUCUCAGCAAAAAGUGUUCACCGGUCCCAGACAAGUCAUGUAGCUCUCCUAAAAGACUGUUGGACUAUCAUGAAUGCGCAGUGUGCAAAAUAAGUUUUAACAAAGUCGAGAACUACCUGGCACACAAACAGAACUUUUGCCCUGCAACAGCCGCCGCCGCUGCUGCCACUCAGCAGCAGCAGCAGCAGCAGCAACAACAGCCACAACAGCAGCAACAACACAAUGAAACUGGCAGCCUGGAGCCAACUCUGUUCCCUGAUGUGAAAAAUGAAAGCAGUAGCAACCCUGAUGAUGUCUUUGAAAAGAGCCCAGGUAAAUGUGACAAGAAUGGGAAGGUGAUGGUCCAAAACGGAGGCAUAUUCCCAGCUCACCUCAGCCCUCUGCCAGGACCCAAGGCUUUUGCUGAGCCACAACUCAUCCAAUCAAAAGACGAAAAGAGUAUGUUUCUUCCCCACUGUCUUUAUCCCGGGGCGAUAAAGAAGGUGAAAGGUCCUGAGCACAUAUCCCCAUAUUUUGGGAUAAAGCCAACUGAUUAUGUGACUGGGGUUGCUGUGAUGCAGGGAGAGGUCAAUGAACAAGAGCAGAACAUUAAUGGGGGUGGAGGCGUAGGAGGAGGAGGAGACACAGGAACAACCAGAGAGCAGGCCCAACAGCCUGCUGCUAAUGGCUGCCCUCACACUGGCAAGGAGCCCCUUCCACUACUGCCCAAAAACCGGGGCAUGGUCAUCGUCAAUGGACACAAGCCAGAAGAGCGUUCAGGUAGCACCCCAGCACAACAGGAGAACCAGCCUCAGCCAGAGAGCCAGCCUCCUAAUUCCUCACCUACGUGGGCCACUGAGAACCAGGCUGACUCCAACGAGAACAUGUCACCUUCUUCCAAGUCUCCGAAUGACGAGGCUGCACCCACGGCCAACAAAGGCAUGAACGGAUCUGGAAGUGGCAAGUACUGCCGCCUUUGUGAUAUCCAGUUCAACAACCUGUCAAACUUUAUUACCCAUAAGAAGUUUUACUGUUCAUCACAUGCUGCAGAGCAUGUAAAAUAAGUUAACAUAAAUAAGACCUAAUUUUCUUCCUCUUUCCUCACCUUUCCUUGCCAGUUUUUACCCAAUUUUUCUCUCUUUUUUUGGUACACUGUUGUAUUUGGAAUAGGGCAUCACGCAGUGACAAACGCUGCUUGUGGACAAUCAAGAAAAGCUUCUUCUUCCAUUGUUUUAAGACUUAAAAAUGCAAAAUCAUUGGUUAGAAAAAAAGAAAAGAAUAAAUCAAGAAUAAUAUUGGUGCCACUUUCUUGUUAAUUUAUUUUACAAUCAGUAUUAAUAGGGGUAGUAAUCUUAAUUUAAAUUUAAAAUGAAAUUUAUAUCAGAGUUGUUUGUAAUGUUAUUGUAUAGUCAUUCUUGUGUAGCACACAUAUUGUUUACACUGUAUUGUAGGCUCAAUGAAACAAUAGACAAUACAAAAAGGAGAUGCAUUUUAGACACAAAAAAGCUACUGAGGCACUUGUGUAUUCUUAUUUGCUGUACCAGUUUCUGUAUAUGGCCAAAAUGUCACUUGCUAUUGCUACUUAUGACUUGUUUGCCUUAAAAAAUCACCAACUGAGUGAUAACCAGGCAAAAUCCUGCAUCUCACAUUUUGGCUUAUACAAAUGGCUUUGCAUACAUACGUGACUGUUUGUCCCUGUCUCUUUUCUUCAACUCAGAUGUGGAUGUUUCAUGAGGAUGGCAACAUUCUUGUAUAGUACUUGUAUUUCUGUUCGAUGCUUAUCUUUGGUCUCCCUUUUUUGAAAUUUGCUCUUGAUGCAAUACUUUGUAAAUUAGGGAACAUUACUGAAAGCAGUAUUAUGAAAUGGGGACUGUGCAUAUAAUUAUUUGUAACCCCAUAGGGGAAAAAAGAAGCUGUACAAGAAUUAAGUUUAUCACAGACGAACAAGAUGUGUGGGAGGUCAGUGGGAAUACUGAUGUAAAAUGAUCAUUCCAAUGUCCUAAUUAUGGGAGAAAAUGUUUCUUAAAACGUUGUUGCUAUGCAUGUAUAUGGAUGGAAUUAAAU